UAGUUAUAAUUGCAUGUAAAUUUUCGUCAAAAAUAAGACGUUAAUGUAUACAAUUUCUAAACAUUAAAUUUUUUUGUAUUUGGUCAUGAUUUGACGAUUGACGAAUUUGUGCUUUUUUUAAUUAUUUUUCAACGAUUCCGGCGUGGAAAGGGUUGAACUUGAACCCGGAAGUACGUUGAUGAAGUCUGCUUGGCAACACGCGCCAUGAUUGCGUCGUAGAGCGGACGUCUUCCCAGCUGCUGGAGACCCACAUGGAGCAGCUGGAAGAGGAGCUGACGUGCCCGAUCUGCUGCGGUCUCUUCGAGGACCCCCGCGUCCUCCUCUGCUCGCACAGCUUCUGUCGGAAGUGCCUCGAGGCUCUCCUGGAGUCCCCCCGGGGCUUGUCUUUUUCCAGGUCGCCGUUCAGGUGCCCAACGUGCCGCAAGGAGAGCCCGCACAACGGCGCCAACAGCCUUCAAGUCAACUACUCCCUUCGCGGCAUCGUGGAGAAGUAUGCUCGGCUCAAAGUGGCGCCCAAGACGGGCGUGUGCGCCCACCACACGGGGCAGCCGCUCAACAUGUUCUGCGCCACGGACCUGAGGCUCAUUUGCGGCUGCUGCGCGACGGCCGACGAUCACAGUGGCCACCGCUUCUGCUCCCUGGAGGAGGCGUACGAGCGGGAGCGGCGCGCCUUCGAAGAACUGCUACGCGGCGCCGAGGGCUGGCCGAGCGCGGGUGCCCUCGCCCGUCUGGAGACGCUGCGAGCAGCCAAGAAGCGGGCACUUCAGGCGGUUAACGACGACGCAGAACGGGCGAGUGACUACUUCGACAAGUUGAUGGCCGCGCUGGAGAGCAAGAAGAGCGAGAUCCUGUGCGACUUCGAGACGCACAGGCUGGCCGUUAUGCAGGCGUAUGACCCGGAGAUGACGCGGCUGCGCGACACGCUUGACCGCCAGCGUAGCGCGCUGACCGCUGCCGAGGCGUUCCGCGGCGUCACAGAGCCGCUCAGCUUUCUCGAGCACAUGCACGACUUCCGACAAACACUAGCGGCCCUGAAGGAACAGGAGGAGAAGAAGAAGGAAGAGACGCCUCCCGCUCGUACACCUUCAGAAGACGCCGGCCUCGACGUCAAAAAAUGGGACGCGGUGAGGCUGGGUGACGUCGAUAAGAUGACGGUCCCCCACGAGAGGGAGGAGGCGGCGGUUGGGAGAUCCCGCCGGUCAACCCGGUGGCUCACCCUGGUCGCCCUGGCGUGGGGUCUCCUCUUGGCGCCGUCGACGCUGCUCCUUCUGGUACCUGAGCCGGUGGCGGCAGCAGCCCGGGAGCAUCUGUGGGAGGUGACCGGGGCGUCCACGCAGGUCGUGGGCAACUUCAUAGACUCCGCUGUCACGUACCUUGGCAGCUGUACGUUGAUGUAAGGGAAGGAAAUAGCAUUUCUUCUUCCGGACCACCAUUAAAUUCUGCAGCCUGGAUGCAAAAUGGGUACAUGAACUUCUUAUACACAACCUCAUUAAAUAUCUCGUAUUCCUUUCUUUUAAGGUUUUGCCAAAUAAAAACAGACGAUCAUACGUUUUCUAUGCUUGUUUGAAUUAAGUUGGAUGCUACAUUUGAUUAAAAUCUGUCUUUACCCUGUCAACUCUCUUCAAGGUGACAGUCGUUUCAUAACAAGGCCUGCUUG